CCUGAUCAAAUUUUCAGACAACUACCACUGGUCUUGCAACAAACAGAGAUGGCAGCAACGGCAAGGCAGUUUUCUUGCGUGCUUUUUCUUGUUCUUGCAAUUGCUCAUGCAAGUGCAAGAAAUACGCCUAAAGAAACUGCAGGUCUCGAUGAUCAAAAGAAUGUGGUUGUAUUUGGCGGUUUAGGUGGCUUCGCUGGUGUUGGUGGUGGUAUUGGAGGUGGUAUUGGUGGUGGUCUCGGUGGUGGUAUUGGAGGUGGGCUGCCUGAUCUCGGUGGCACAGGCGGUGGGAUUGGUGGAUUAGGUGGUUUGGGAGGAGAUACAGGGAGCGGUGGAGGUCUUGGUGGUGCUAUUGGUGGUGGUGGGAUUGGCGGUGGUCAAGGUGGUUGUGCUGAUGGUGGUGCUGGCUCUAUCCUUAACCCUUGAUUCCAUUUCAUGGGAUUUUUUAUGUUUAGUGUUUCUGUUGCAUGCAGAUGCAGUUAGUACAUGUGUUUAGUUACUUUUCUGUUUUAUUCACUGUUGAUUUUUUUUUCCCUUUUCCUUUUUUUAGUAUUGUUCGCUGUUUUAUUGUUUUGGAAUUUUAUUAGUAAUAUUUGCCA